GCUCAUCGUAAACAAAAACACAAUUUUCAGCCCUUCAACGCCAAACUCCGCGACAAUCGACACGCAGUUGUACGACUUUAAUUUGUACAGUUUAGCUUUUGUCUGAAGAAAUCGAAUUUAAACUUCCCCGAGACAACGCAAUGGAGGAGUCCGACGUUCACAUCGAUGUGAGUGGAAAUAUGGAGCCACCGAAGCAGGAAUCCAAGUCUGGGUUCAACAUAUCCACAUUUGCCAACUUAGCUCGCAUCCCGAGUCUGUGGGACCUGUUGCGCUCGACCCGACAGAACGUACGGCCGUGGACCGAGUUUUUGCAAACUUCCAAUUUCAAAACCGUGGCCAACGUCCCGAGGCUUACGAAUAGAAUUGUGAGAAAUCUGGCCUACUUCCAGAGCAAUUAUCUUUUCGUAUUUCUGGGCCUAAUUGUCUAUUGUUUACUGACAUCACCGAUGAUUCUGAUCGUACUGGGAGCUGUUCUAUAUGCAUGUUAUAAAAUCAAACAAGCCAAUGUUCCCGUGGCAUUCUUUUCGCGUCAGCUGAAUACCAAUCAACAGUGUGUGGCCGUUAACGUGGCAGCGAUUCCUCUGCUUUACCUGGCCGGAGCGGGUGCAGCAAUGUUCUGGGUUCUGGGUGCUUCCUUUUUCGUCAUCUCACUACAUGCGGCUUUCUAUAAUAUUGACGCAAUCGUAACCGAGGACACCGAAUCUUUUUUAACCGAGACAGUCUAAAUUGCCAAGAAAUUAAAAAAAAAUGUCAAUUAUUAUUAAACUAAUUAAUCCACUUUUGAUUUUAUAUGUUAUAGGCACUAAAAGGUUCGUUUCGAGUGAAA